UCAAUGUGGGACACCCAUGUGGUCGUACAUUUUGUCGUCUUUGGUUCAACUUGUGCCGUGUAGGCUAGGCUCAUCGAUUAUACUUCCGCAUCUCUCGAUCAACUCUCUAGAGUCUAAUUCCAUCAUGUCUCCAAUCAUGCCUUAGAUGGUGGUUAGGACAUAAAUAUUAACGAAAAGAUCCACUUUUAACGAGCUUGCAUUGAUGGGUUAAAUACCCACGUGCUCUUAUUGAUUGGUUGCUCUAUUGAAAAUGUGAGCCUACAAACAAUAAACCUCAAGUUUCAUGAUCUAUCUAACUCAACUCCAUUAGGUUAUUCAUGCGUUCAUUCUCCUUGCACUAUCCUACUAUUUUAUACGUACAACUUAUAAAUGAGCCUCACCUUUUCAAACAUUUUCAAAACUAGAAAAGAAGUUACCAAAAUGAAUAACUCACACGUUCUUAAAACAGUCAUAUUGAUUAUGGUUUUGGUCGAGUCAGGCCUGAUCGAAGAGGCGACGGCACACCCAUGUGGUCGAACAUUUUUGUCCGCUUUGAUUCAACUCGUGCCGUGUAGACCAUCAGUCGCGCCGUUUAGCACAUUGUCUCCGAACGGGCUAUGUUGCGCUGCCAUCAAGAGGCUUGGUCAACCUUGUCUAUGUGCUCUUUCCAAGGGACCACCUAUCUCUGGCGUUGACCGCACUCUGUCACUUCAGUUACCUGGAAAAUGUUCUGCCAAUUUUCCUCCGUGUAACUAAUUUUCUACCUUUUACUAUUAAAGUUUUGUAAUGCGUUUACAUGAAAAUCACGA